AUGGAGUCGACAUUCCGAAACCUAGACCGCACGAUCGAGAGUCAACCAAUGCCCGCUGAAUUCACAGAUACCAAAGGACUCGUAUAUUGCAACGACUGCGGCGCCAAAUCGAUCGUCAAAUAUCAUUGGCUGGGAUUGAAAUGUGACUUAUGCGAAUCUUAUAAUACAGCCCAGAUCCGCAUCCUGCAAGGGGACGUUUCUGCGGUCCUUGAGGAAGAGGGUGUGAACGAGCACGAGCACGAGCAUCAGCAUCAGCACCAGCACCAGCACGAGCCCAACGAGACCCCCUCCCGACUAAGAUCAGCAUCGUUGCAUGUGGGAGAGGAGGCCUCGACAUCCCUGGCAGCACUGCAUAUGAACAACACUCCUCCUUCACAGUCCCGUCUCAGUGUACCGGGAUCAGCUGGUCCCGAUAACCGCUUUGUCUCCUACAACAUGACACACAACCGUGCGAUCUCGCCCGUAGUCAGCAACUACUUUGGUCUACCCACCGAGCGUGAAUCAGAUAAACCAUCUUCUCUGCCAUUCUUUGGGAACCCGCUACGAUCAGAGGGUGACACCGAUUACGGGGCAUUGAACUUUCUAAGUAAAAAGCUUCGAGAUCGUUACGGAUUUCUUUCGAACGAUCCAGCGACUGUUGAGCGCAAGGAGGGAGCUGGAGGUGAAGGCGAAGGCGAGGGUGAAGAAGAGGAUGAUGACGAUGAAGCAGAAUCCUCUUCUUCUUCCGGAUCCGAAAACGAAAAUGACGAUGACGACGACGAUGGAAUUGACCCCAUCGACCUCCUCGGCCAUCGGUGA